CAACAUUUCUCGAAUUCCCAAUAGUUGUUAGGUUGUUUUAUCAUUGUUGAUCAUUUAAACCCUAUGAUCAAGAUCAGGUCAAAAUCAGAUUUUAAUCGAACGGUAUGUUAGCCGUCAUUGCAUCAUCAGUCCAAUAGAAACUCUCCACGUUUCUCUUACUUAUCUUGAGUUCGAGUCAAAAUAUUAAGCUUUCGCCUGAAACGGAAAGACUGGAAGUGUGGAGACUCCCGGAGAUUGAAAAUGAAGGGAACGCAGAGACCGAUCCAUGCCCUGUCGACAUGGGUGCGGCGGCAACCUCCAAAGAUCAAGGCUUUUCUAGCGGUUGUGGCGGGAAUGGCGGCGCUGCUGUUCCUGAGAAUGGUGGUCCACGAUCACGAUAACCUCUUCGUCGCUGCCGAGACUGUUCAUGCCCUCGGUAUCUCCGUCCUCAUCUACAAGCUCACCAAAGAGAAGACUUGUGCAGGACUUUCACUUAAAUCGCAGGAAUUAACAGCUAUUUUUUUAGCUGUUAGGCUGUAUUGUAGUUUUGUCAUGGAAUACGAUAUACAUACCUUACUUGAUACAGCAACAUUGGGAACAACACUUUGGGUUAUUUAUAUGAUACGAUUUAAACUUGGGUCUAGUUACAUGGAGGACAAAGACAACUUUGCAAUCUACUUUGUGGUUGCCCCUUGUGCUGUUCUUUCCUUGCUUAUUCAUCCAUCAACUGGCCAUCACAUAUUCAACAGGAUUUGUUGGGCUUUCUCUGUUUAUCUUGAAGCUGUUUCAAUCCUACCUCAACUACGGGUCAUGCAGAACACGAAGAUUGUUGAACCAUUCACAGCACAUUAUGUAUUUGCAUUGGGAGUUGCAAGGUUCUUGAGUUGUGCACACUGGAUCCUCCAGGUAUGGGAGACUCGAGGACGUUUAUUGACUGCUUUAGGUUAUGGACUGUGGCCUCCCAUGUUUUUGCUCUCAGAGAUUGUCCAGACAUUCAUACUGGCAGAUUUUUGCUACUAUUAUGUCAAGAGUCUUCUUGGUGGACAGCUUGUUCUACGGCUCCCCUCCGGAGUGGUAUAAACAUUACAAGUUGAUUGGUGUGACUCUUGAAAGCAGGUGUUUUUGCUUGCUCUUCAAGAUCCACCCCGGAGCUUUUUCCUAAUUAGGAUGGUUGUAUGCUCCUCCCAUUUUCAGCCAGCCAUUAGAUUGAUGCAACUAGGCAGACUACAAUGGGUAACACAAGUUAUUAGGCUCAUUUCACCUUUUAUCUCUUCCACUAAGGACUACAUUGUAUCAGCACCAGUAUUUAAGAUGAGAUCAAUGGAUCUGAUUGUCUUCCUUCUAAACACAGCUAAUGCUUUAGAGACGCUCUUGUUCUUCCUCAAGUUCAGCUUCCAGUAUGUAUGAAAAUUUUCCAUUCGCUGGUGUUCCACCUUACUGCUACAUUUGGAAAUUACAAAUUGGUGAUCAACUUAUUGGAUAUUUAAACAUUAUUGGAAUCUUGGUAUUGAAUUGCCUUUUUCCUGUUAAACCUAACUGAUGGAGUCCCAACGAAUGAAGUGGCAUCUAUCUCUUUCCAGCUGGGAAGCAUAUAUCAGUGAUGGUGAUGGUCAAAUCUUUCCCCAACUAGUAUUUGAGAUGAACCAAAACUGCUCACUUUGAUGGAUAAGACUGAAGCUAAUUUGGUAUGGGGCUGCAUGCCUGCAUCAACAGCUUCCAGCUGUUAAAAGGGACAAAAAAGGGAAGUUUUCAGGACAGCUGGUAAGUUGAUUGAGUUAAUAAUGGAAGAUGGUGAUG